AUGGGAGAACCACCUCAGUUAGUUAUGUAUGCUAGCUGGGAUUUCCAAUUGAGUGAUGAUUUACGAACAAUGCUUGCAAGGGAAUUUCCUAAGCGUUACUGUGAAUAUCAACGGGACAAAGUUCACAUGCAAACCUAUUUGUUUCUGGCUGGGGCCGGUACUGGCAAGUCGCGAAACGCGAACGAAUUUCAUAUGUCCGUUUUGAAUUCAUUAUCAGAGCACACAGCAUUAAGAGUUCAUGUAGCCAAUGCUUGGGUUUUUCGUAUCAGUUUCGAAAAUGGUUCAUCUGUUGAGAUAGGAAUUACUGCCAUUGGCACUAGGAUGCUUUGUGCUUUGUCAAUGUCUUGCUCAAAAUUUGGAUCCGUAAUUAACGAUUAUGAAGCACCUAUCCAUCUGAUAUUUUUCGAAUUAAUUGUAAGAAAAAAUUAUACUAUUUUUCUGGUUGUGGAUGGCUUAAACCAAUUAAUGACCAAACAAUCAGAUGGAACAGACAAAAACAGCGAUUUUUACCGAACACCACAAAUAUAG